UGAGUAAAAAGAAAAAGAAAGAAAGCAAAGCAAAGGGUUAACCAAGAGCGAGAGAGCAUACACACAUCGUUGUUGGCGUGAGCAGAAAAAAUCUUGUGCUACGAAUCACCAUCUUCGUGCAAACUUCAAUUUCUUCCAUAAUGCUUUACAGAGGUAAAUAUGCUGAUGGCGGUGAUGGACGCGAAAUGGCUGCAAAACGUCAGCGAACUGUUGAUCCAGGAUCUUCAUUCUAUGGUUCCCCAGGUUCCAGUUAUAUAUACAAUCCAUCUCCAUAUGGAUAUGUCAGCCAACCUCCUCCUCCUCCGCCGUUCCCUGUUGUUCGACUGCGUGGCCUUCCCUUUGAUUGUACCGAAACUGAUGUAGCCGAGUUCUUCCAUGGUCUAGACAUAGUUGACGUCCUUUUUGUUCACAAAGGUGGCAAGUUUUCUGGGGAAGGCUUCUGUGUUCUGGGGUAUCCUCUUCAAGUUGACUUUGCUCUUCAAAGGAACAGGCAGAACAUAGGUAGAAGAUAUGUUGAAGUUUUCCGAAGUAAGAGGCAAGAAUACUACAAGGCAAUUGCAAACGAGGUUUCGGAUGCUCGAGGUGGUUCGCCUCGUCGAAGUGCUCCUCGGGCUAAGUCGUAUGACGACGGAAAAGAUUCAGCUGAGCACACAGGGGUGUUGCGACUGAGGGGAUUACCUUUUUCGGCCAAUAAGGAUGACAUAAUGGAGUUUUUCAAGGAUUUUGCGCUGUUAGAGGAUUCUAUUCAUAUUUUGAUGAAUUCAGAGGGAAGACCUUCUGGGGAAGCUUAUGUGGAAUUUGAAAAUGCUGAAGAUUCGAAAGCAGCCAUGGCAAAGGAUAGAAUGACACUUGGGAGUCGCUAUAUAGAGCUAUUUCCUUCAUCACACGGUGAGAUGGACGAUGCGAUUUCAAGAGGACGAUGAUUGCUUGGUGGGUUGUCUCAUUUGUUCUUUAUAGUUAUAAUUGUUAACUUGAUCAUGUAAUCAUAACGAUUUUGUUCGAGACAUUUCAUCGCUUGAAUUUGUUUUAGGAUCAAUCUGCUUUUUAAGUGUGCUGAUAAAUAGUAUGAGGAACAGACUGAAUUUUUUUUAA